CUGCAUCGUCAGUCAGCUCAGAAAAAUGCAGAACUAGCCGCUGCAGCACAGAAGAGUCUGCUGUGGGCUGAGAGCUGCAGAGCUUCUCCUGAAGAGCUUUAUCUGCUUCGCUCGCUCGGUCACUUUUGGGACAUUCUUCAUCAUGUUGAAGUUUUACCUCCUGGAGGUCGGAGCUCUGCUCUCAUUGGUCGUUCCUCUGCUGGUUGCCACGGAGACGUGUCCAGCAACAGGGAUGCACGGGAUGCCAGGGAUUCCUGGCCUUCCGGGGAGGGACGGCCGAGACGGAGAGAAAGGAGAAAAGGGAGAGCCAGGGGGGAAAUGGGCCGGGCCCCUGAAGGGCCUGAAGGGGAACACGGGGCCAAAAGGAUCACCUGGUAAGCGAGGUCAAAGCGGAGAACCGGGAAAACCAGGCCCUGCAGGCGAACCCGGAUCACCUGGCGAACCUGGAGAAUUUGGGACUGUCGGACUGGAGCAGCAGGCGGCCUUCAGCGUGGCCAGAUACUCCUCUGCACCUCCAGAAAAAGGCGCCGUCAUUCGUUUUGCCAAAGUCAUCACCAACAUCAACGACGACUACGACACGGAGACGGGACGCUUCAGGUGUCGAGUCCCGGGAACAUACUACUUUGUGUACCACGCCUCACUGGAGAAGAAGCUGUGUGUGUUGAUGAAGCUGGACGAUGCCAUCCUGACGACCUUCUGCGACUUUCGGCAAAACACUAGACAGGUGACCUCGGGCGGGCUGUCGGUGUACCUGUCCAGAGGCCAGGAGCUGUGGCUGGAAACCAAAGAGUUUGUUGGAAUGACGGCCAAGCCCAACGGUUACAGCAUCUUCUCUGGAUUCCUGCUGCAUCCUCACUGAUCCUCAAAGGGAACAACAACUGAACAUCUGUUGAUUCUUCUGCUCUUUCGUUUCUGGAUGUCCAAUCAAUUCACAGUCUGUAGAAUUCAACCAAAUGUUUUUCAUAGCAGAGAAGAAACUGCAAAUAAAAGCUGUUUUGGGUUCAUAACAAA